AUGAUAGAAGGGAGCGGACUCAAAUCCAGACUAGCGUGGCCGAAACGCAAGGACAAGGAGGAUAAGAAAGCCAAGCCAAAACUGACCCCAGAACAGAGGAUGAGGCAGACACCGUUUGAGAGGGUGCUUUAUGACAUGAACCAUGACCAGAGGGUAGUCAACGACCUCAUACUGGGCCGGAGGAUCUCCUUCUACGAGCUCAGGGGGGAAAUAGGGUGUGGGAACUUCUCCCACGUUAGAUUGGGUAUCCAUGCCCUGACUAAAGAGAGGGUCGCAAUCAAGAUUUUGGAUAAGCUUCGGCUGGACAAGAAGUCUCAGUCUCUGUUUGCCACAGAGAUCAGCUGUAUGGAGAAGCUGUCCCACCCUAACAUUGUUCGUCUCUAUGAGGUGAUUGAGACCACCAAGCGCCUGUACCUGGUGAUGGAGUACGGUAGUGGAGGAGACCUCUACUCACGUAUCACCAACCGGGGGCGUCUGUCUGACCUGGAGACCAAGCUCAUCUUUGCCCAGAUCAUCUCUGCCAUCAAACACAUGCAUGACAACAACAUCGUCCACCGAGACCUGAAAGCAGAGAACAUCUUUUACACCACCAGCUACUGCAUCAAGGUGGGAGACCUUGGCUUCAGUAUCGUGAGUGCUCCAUCUGAAGUCCUCACCACGUUCUGUGGCUCCCCACCCUACGCCGCUCCAGAGCUCUUCAAAGACAAAGGCUACGUGGGUCGUUACGUGGACAUCUGGGCCUUGGGAAUCCUGCUCUACUUCAUGGUCACCGCCACCAUGCCUUUCCACGCCGACAACCUUGGUCGUUUGAAGCGCUGUAUCAUGCAGGGAGCCUACGCCUUCCCUGACUAUGUACCCAACCCCUGCCAACUGGCCAUAAAGGGCAUGCUGAGGUCUGUGCCCGCCGACCGUGACUCCAUCUCCCUGAUAAUGACCAGCACGUGGCUGAAGAGCAUUGAGUACCCUCGGGCGUACGCCCCCCUGCCCCAGACACCCUUUCACCUGGCUGAGACCUCCCAGGCCCUGUGUGUGGAGGAGCAGGAGGUGAAGUCGGCCCUGUCUGAUCUGGGCAUCAAGGGAGUCCACCUGCAGAACAACACCUAUACAGACAAUCGCAGCCCCCUGACGGGGACGUACCGUAUCCUCCUCCACCUCGUCCAGAAGAGGAGGUCUGUGGAGGCGGUGGGAUACGCAGCCCUUUACCCUGAGGACUUUGGCAGUAAGAACGGCAGGACGACCACUGCUGUUAUGGACAAGCACAACCCUACCAGUGUCUGUGUUAUCCUAUAGACCAGGGAUUUUGCAACAGAUUUUGAACCAGGGACUGGAAAAUUAUGGAUCUUCUCUUUGGAUUAAAACAAACAAUUUUGGUGGGCCACUUAUAUUGAAAUUGAACACUUGAGAAGUGAAGUUCUCCCAUAACUAUGAACUAUCUGAGGGACCUGUCAGCAACAUCUCAGGAACCAGUGCUGCUCCAUGGACCUCCAUGGAGGUUGAGAAAUAAUGCUACAGAGUCUGGCCUCCUGUAUAGCCAGGCUCCACCAGAAGAGAAUGUAACCGAUGUGAAAUGGCUAGCUAGGUAGCGGUGGUGCGCGCUAGCAGCCUUUCAGUCGGUGACGUCACU